AUGGUUGCUGAACCAGUUCAAGCAACGGUACAAACCUUAAAUAAACUUCUAUAUCAGACUAAUGAAUUCAUAAAUACACAACAAGAAAAAAUACAAAAUACAGAAAUUUAUGAAAAGCUAUUUGAUUCAAAAAAUCCAAUUUCAAUUGUUUCUCAACCACCAAAACGAAAUUCAGCUUUUAGCCUACCUUCAUUUUUCAACAAACUUGUAAAUAACGUGAAUAAACAUAAGACUAUAUACGGGUCCUUAUUUGCUAUUGGAAUAGGGUACACUAGCUACAAAAUAUACAACCACUUCAACAAAGUAAAUCAUCCAGAAAAAUUCAAAAGAAGAGUUCCAAAAUUAGCAAAUGGUGCAAGAAGAGACACCGUAUUAGUAAUAGGAUCACCCACGGAGCCAAUCACUAGAUUGAUUACACUUGAUUUGGAGAAAAGAGGGUUCAUUGUUUAUUUAACGAUUUUAGAUACAACAGAUUUAAAAUACGUUGAAUCAAAUAAAAUUAGUGAGGAAAUUAACUACAUCGACUUCACGAAAUAUUCCAUAGAAGAUAAUAUAUCACAUUUUAAUCAGCUAUUGAAAACUCCUGUAAUACCUUUUCAUAAUGCAGAACCUCAUUAUUUGCAACUAAAAAGUGUUAUAUUUGCACCAAGUUUGUAUUUCCCUAUUGGACCAAUCGAAAAUAUAGGUGUAAACACAUGGCAAAAAUUAAAUGACAGAUUAUUAACAUAUUUCAAAUUAUUUUCCUCGGGAUUAAUUCAAUUAAUAAGAACUCAAAACUCAAAUUUAUUACUAAUAAAUCCAACUAAUAUAAGCUCAUUAAGUGUACCAUAUCAUGCACCAGAAACCAUAUUUCAAAAUCAAUUAUCACAUCUUUUUACAACUUUGACUUAUGAGUUGAAACAAUUUAAUAUAAAUGUUACUCAACUAAAAUUAGGCAAUAUCAACUUAACAAAUCAAAAAUUAAACUCAAAUUCGAGAAUCGAAAGUAUAAUUAAUACUGAAGUUAGAUCAUGGACCUCAGAAAUGAAACAAUUAUACUCUACAAGUUUUAGCAAGGAUCUAUAUAAGUCAAAUUCAAUAAAAUCGAGCGGUGGUAAAGGCACUUCAGUUAAAGAAUUGUAUCAUUUAAUAUUCGAUUUGAUCUAUGGAAAUAAUAACUCAAAUGUUGUCUAUUGUGGUAAAGGAGCUAGAUUUUAUAAUUUUAUCACAAGUUUUUUACCUAUUUCUUGGAUUGGAUGGUAUUUUUAUUAA